AGUAGAUCAUCCAGUGCAGGUGGCGUACAUCCUGAUCAUUUGACAACAUUCACCGUCUUUUCUUACAGAAAACAAACAUGUAAUAGAUUUUUACAGAGCGAGAUUUUUGUCCAUUACGGAGCAGACUAGUUUGUGGCGGGUGUAGACUAUUUCCUGGAGACAUUAAAGUCAACAGAAGGAAAGCACAAACGGCUAAUUUGCUGAUGGACGUAUUAUUGUGCGUUUUGGUUGUGCCGUCGUAUUGCUAUUUUGCUCCGUCGGUAUGGACAUGUAGCUAAUGUAGAGUUGUCUGUAAAACAUCGUCGACUUUCUCCAUGUUGAAUAGUGUGUUUUGUGCUCGGAAAGGGAACUAGGGUCGCACACCCUGCAGGCCUUACUGUGGUUUCUACUUUGAAACAUUAGCAGGGUUUUUGGGUCAGUUUGCUAACAAGUGAGUCAGGACAGGAGUUUACACGGCACACACGGUCACUGCUUCACAUCACGAUGAGUUUCUUUAGUUUUGGACAAAGUGCGGAGAUUGAUGUGGUCCUCAAUGACGCCGAGACGAGGAAGAAGGCUGAACACAAGACUGAAGAUGGGAAGAAAGACAAAUACUUUCUCUUCUAUGACGGUGAGACUGUCAGUGGGAAGGUGAAUGUCACACUGAAGAACCCUGGCAAGAGGCUCGAGCACCAGGGCAUCAAGAUUGAAUUUGUGGGCCAAAUAGAGCUGUAUUACGACAGAGGAAACCAUCAUGAGUUUGUUUCCCUGGUGAAAGAUCUUGCAAGACCGGGUGAAAUAACUCAGUCGCAGACCUUCGACUUUGAGUUCACUCAUGUUGAAAAACCUUACGAGUCCUACACAGGCCAGAAUGUCAAGCUAAGAUAUUUUCUUCGUGCCACAGUGAUCAGAAGACUAAAUGACAUCAGUAAAGAGAUGGACAUCGUGGUCCACACGUUGAGCACUUACCCUGAGCUCAACUCGUCCAUCAAAAUGGAAGUUGGAAUUGAGGAUUGUCUCCACAUUGAGUUCGAGUACAACAAAUCCAAGUACCAUCUGAAAGAUGUAAUCGUGGGAAAAAUCUAUUUCCUGCUGGUGAGGAUUAAGAUUAAGCACAUGGAGAUUGACAUCAUCAAACGUGAGACAACGGGCACCGGCCCAAGUGUAUACCACGAAAAUGACACGAUCGCCAAGUAUGAGAUCAUGGACGGAGCUCCGGUCAGGGGAGAGUCCAUCCCAAUCCGGUUAUUCCUGGCUGGUUAUGAUCUGACUCCCACCAUGCGAGACAUCAACAAGAAGUUCUCUGUGCGGUAUUAUCUGAACCUGGUGCUGAUCGACGAGGAGGAGAGACGCUACUUCAAACAGCAGGAAAUCACACUGUGGAGGAAAGGUGACGUGGUGAGGAAGAGCAUGUCUCAUCAGGCCGCCAUCGCCUCUCAGCGGUUCGAGGGCUCGGCUGCCUCAGAGAGCGCCUUGGAACAGGCUGCAAAGGAGGAGAGCGGGUAGACGAGAGCCGCAGCCCUCCAGUCUCCUCUCACAAGACUCGUCUGCGUCAGAUUACCUGUCAACUGUACAACAUCUGGUGAAGCAGCUGUUUUAUUUGUAGCGGCUGCUGGUGGUGGAGGAGGAAGGAAGAAGGGAUACCGAUACACAGUAAUACAUUCAGUAUGUGAACAAUGAAACAGUUUGCAUGAGGCAUUCAAAGUGGCUUCAGGCUGCUGGUCUUGACCUUCCUCAUUAAUGCAUUCUUCUUUUCUUUAUAAGAAUCAAACUAAUCACCUGUCGCGAUGUACACUGUGUUAAAACCUUUCAUGUGAUAUAUGUUGAAUUUUUAAGCCUUCUGUCGGUAACUUUCAUGCUUUUUGGGAUAAAUUCAUUUCUAAUCUCUUUAAUUAAUGCAGCUGAAUUGUCAUGAAUUUUUCAGAAAUGUAUCUCCAACAUUCCACCAUUGUU